GUUGGCACGGCGGCCACCACAAGUGUGUGAUUCCUUGCCACUGCUCAUAAUUCUUCCUUGCCAAGAUGAGUGUCAUUGUGAACGUUAGGCACACCAUGAUCAGGAACCAUGGGAGACAAAAUAUGUUCAGCAGAAGGUUCACGAUAGGAGCCGCCGAGCAGCAGCGUCAAGGGGAGGAGAGUGGGGCAAGACCACCUGUGUACGAGCUGAGGACGUACACGGUCUAUGCUGAUAAGAUGCGGGAGUUUUUAGACCUCACCACCAAAGAGUUCCAUCUCCGCACUGUCCAUUCCAAACUCGUCGGCUAUUGGACCUCAGAGAUUGGCGGCCUGAAUCAAGUAGUGCACAUCUGGGAGUACGGCAGCUUGAGCGAGCGGGCAGGUGUAAGGGCAAAACUGGCGGCCGACCCUGAAUGGAUAAAGCGUUACCUCUCUCGUAUUGUGAGCAUGAUGCCGUGCCAAGACAAUGCCCUCUUGACAUUACUUCCUGGACGCCAAAUAAGUCUCCCGUCAAAUAAGGGAGUUUACGAGCUUCAAACGAUGCAGCUGCAUGGGACGCCAGCAGUGUGGUCCAAGGCACUGCUAACGUAUGUCCAAGCGUGUGAGGCAGCACGCCAAGCAGAGGGGUCGAUGGUAGUGGGUGCCUGGAACUCAGUGCUGGGCCCCAGGCAAAUGGCAGCGGUCCUGUGGCAACACCCGACUCCUGAUGGCAGUCUAUCACUCGCUGAGGCCUCUGCGACUUUGCCCGAAAGCGAAGCACUGGCACCCUUGAUAGCCUCAGGUCACAGCAAGCUGCUCCUGCCGUAUGCUGUCUCUCCUUUGCAGUGAGCCGAGGUCACCCUGAUCAAACUCGAAGACUUAUUUUAUUUUUUUAUCUUAUUUUAUUUUAUUUUUUU